CGACCGAGACUUCUCGUCAAGGUCCAUGUGAAACAAUUCCCGAAACUUCAAGGGAUGCAAGUCAAAUAGAAGUAUCUAGCUGGGAAGAAGCUUAUUUUGUAUCGAAAUAUGUUGAUCAGUCAGACUAGAAAUAAGGCGCAAUGUCGCGAAUUCACGGGACCAACACCUCAUUCAGUGGCUGUGAGAGAGAUGCUGCGUCUGGAGGAGCAAAGAGAGUGCCAUCAGAAGCUCCAGGUUCAGGAGAGCAGGCUGCUGAACCACUAUCUGAGGCUGAAGAUGAAGCGCCUGGCCAGGGAGCAGGAGGACGAGCUGGCCUUGGACAUGAGCAUCCUGGAGCAGCUGCUGACGGAGGAGAGGGAUGAGAAACAGGGCGAGGUCAUGAGGAAGCUUGAGCUGCGAGUGGGGCAGAGUAGCUUGAGGAGCAGAAGGGACAGGAGGCGGAGACAAAGCAGCUGAUAGAGCUGAAGCAGACCUUGGUCCAGAGGCCAGGGAUAGGCUGAUGAAGGACGUGAUGGACACGCCGCCUGCAGAUCCAGGAGAAAUGGAAGGAAGGGGAGGAAAGGAGAGCUUAAAGUUUGAAGUUUUAAUGUCACAUGCACAAGUACAGUGAAAUGCCUUUCUUGCAAACUCAAAACAUAACAAUGUAAUAAUCAAUUAUAAUGUAUUACUAGAAAAAUAACCACAACAAAUAAGAAUUAGGCCCUGUGAGUGUGCAAAUAUUGAAAUAAAAGGUCAAUAAAGAUACAAGGUAAACAA